CAAUACAACAGACUCUCAGUUAACAGGACUCAAGCAGGUCUAUUAUGAAUAAUAACAAUAAUAGCGGAAAACAAAGAUUAAAAUGACAGACUCUCAGUUAACUAGAACUCAAGCAACCAGAAUUCUCAAGCAACCAGCAAGCAAAAAAAAAUAAAAGAAAUAAUGCUUUAAAUAUAAAUAAAUAAUAAGGAGCCCCGGUGGCGAAGUGUGUUAAAGCACUGAGCUGCUGAACUUGCAGACCGAAAGGUUCCAGGUUCAAAUCCCGGGAGCGGCGGGAGCGGCCGCUGUUGCUCCAGCUUCUGCCAACCUGGCAGUUUGAAAACAUGCAAAUGUGAGUAGAUCAAUAGGUACCGCUCCGGCGGGAAGGUAACGGCGCUCCAUGCAGUCAUGCCGGCCACAUGACCUAGGAGGUGUCUUUGGACAACGCCAGCUCUUCGGCUUAGAAAUGGAGAUGAGACCAACCCCCAGAGUCAGUCACGAAUUGACUUAAUGUCAGGGGAAACCUUUACCUUUACUUAUAUACACACACACACAAUAAAAGGAUAAAGCUGUUACAUUAAGUUUUUCUUUGUUUGUUUGUAAUGGCAGUAUUUCAAUAUUAAGUCAAAACAGAGUUUAUGAUUUAAUAUGGGAUAUAGUUGUUAGGCUUACUUGAAUGGCAACUCUCAAACAACCAGAAACUACAUCUUAUCAAUUCCUGUGAGUGCCGUUUAACUGAGAGUCUACCUGAACUCAUACAUUUAAAAUUCAUAUGUAGACUUGUAUAAUAGCUUUAUGCGAUCAUUAAUUUUAAAAAAGAAAACAAUACACACAAGCAGCUGUUUUCUAUGAGCAUGGCAUCAGGAUUGUAGGGAUCUGGUUGAUUUGUUUCCUUUUCGCCUGUGUUUUCAAUUGUGAAUUGCACCCCGGUCCCUAACUGCGGAUUAGGGGGGAAAAAACAAAACACCAAGUGAGUGUGUGUGUGCGCUGAGACUCUGCCGCCGUCCAUAUAUGGGCAUGCCCCAAACUCUGCUUUCUGAUUGGCUGCCGAGCUGCAUGCAUAUGUCUGUCAACAAAUGGGGGCGCCUUGCAGAUGGUGAGUGUAUGGGGCAGGGAGAGAGUGGCAGCCUUAAAGGGCCCGCUCGAUGGCGACGCAGAGCAAGGGAGGGGGCCGUUUGGGGCUUAAAAGGGACGCUGGCCCUUUAAGGGAUCAGGUAGCUAGCGCAUGCACACUUUCACACACAGUGGAAGGGAGGGGGGGGGCUUGGGUUAAAAGGAAAAUUCACCCCCCAAAAAUGAUCCCUCCCCCUUUAAAAAAAAACUCCCCUCUUUGGCAACCUGUGGAUUUCUUCCUAUUUCCUCCUUUCCAUUGAAACCAUUUAAAGGCCUCCAAGCCCAGGAUGAUGGGUUUUGCAAGAGGCCUCCUCUAGAUCAGAGCUUCAAACACACCCAUCAUCCACCAAUGGCUUUGGAGUAACUGGGGACUCCUAGAGGCCAUCCAGUCCCACCUCCAUCUGCCAGGCUGGUAUACACCAUCAAAGCUCUCCUGACAGAUGGCCAUCCAGGCACUUUAAAAACCUCCAGAGAAGGAGACUCUAUCACAUAUUUAUUCCAGGUUUCUUCAAGGCCCUGGGAGGCUCCUGGAGCAGAGCCCGCCAUGAGCUAGGGGAGGAGGCCUGCCUUCCCCCUGCCUUUCUGCCAUGAGAGAGUGAUGGAUCAGAACACCUUCUCCUCCCGCAUCCAGCUAUGGUGCCCCCGUCCCUUUGGCACCUACUCCCAGAACAAGCAGUGCACUGGAGGCCAGGUGAAGAAGACCUUUGGGGACUUUGCCUGCAAAGCCAAGGAAGAAGAGGUGGCGGGCGGUGAGGCCUCUUCGGAGAACAUCCCUCCUGCCCCGCCGCCUCCGCCCCCCGCCACCUCCCUGAGCCCCAGCCAAGUGGAGGAAGGGCGGGUGCUCUUGGACACGUGGUACGUCAUCAAGCCAGGCAACACCAAGGAGAAGAUUGCCUUUUUCGUGGCCCACCAGUGCAGCAGUGGCAGCCGGGCAAGCGCCAUGAAGGUCAAAGGGAACUGGGGGAGUGACAGCUCCAAAGCCAAGCGCCGGCGGCGGUCUCACGACCCCAGCAAAAGCAGACCUUGCCCAGUCAAGUUGAAGGACGGUGUUGGUGGGGUUAGCAACAAGGAAGCAGAAGAUGUGUGCCUUUGUCCAGAGUCCCACACCGACCCUGCCAGCGCAGAUACCACCGAUUUGCUUUCGGUCGCCGAGAUGGUGGCCUUGGUGGAGCAGCGGACGGCCCUGGCCCUGCAAAACUACGCCAGGCCCAGCCCUCCUGCCGCCCCACCGUCCCCCAUGGUUUUUGUGUCCACGGAGCAAGAAGAAAGCGGGGAGAAGAAAGGGGGCACGUUGGGGGGCGGUGGCUCGGACUGCAGCCGGGUGGCCGAGGCGGUGGCCCACUUUGAGUCCCGGGAGCGAAACGUCUUGCGCCAGAAUGGUCUCUGCCGGGAGUCUCCCGAAUGCGUGGCCAACUCCCAGCACAGCCCUGGCGAGGUCCGCAUCGCCUUCCGCAUCUCCAGCAGCCGGGACCCCCGCUCGCCCACUGAGGGCGGCUCCAGCACCCGCCCCAACUGCAUGUUCAUGAGCUGUGGAGGGUCGCCGACAGGGAGCGCUGCCCGUGCCAAAGACAAGAUCACAUGUGACCUCUACCAACUCAUCAGCCCUUCCCGAGACACCCUGCCCAACAAUGUGGACUUCCUUCUGGCAAGUGCCUCCCCAAAAGGGGCUGACGGGUCGGGCAGCGAUCCCCCGGAUGUGGAGAUGACGUGCGGAGAGAGCCAAGGGGGUUCUGGGAAAAUGGAGACAAUCUCCGAAGCGGGCAGGGCUGGUGCCGAAAAAAUGGGACCGUCGGCUGCAACCACCAUCACCCGGGACUGCAUCUCCGGCUUCCAUGUGGAUGUGGUCGUCACCGGGGUGGUGGACCAGUGUGUCUUUUUUGGCAAGGACAGCACCAAGAACAUGAAGGAGGAGACUGUCUGCUUGACGGUCAGCUCGCCUACCCAAGAGGUGUUGUGCUCGUCGUGUGACGACCCUCCUCCGGGGCAGCUCUUCUUCCUCCACACGCAAGGGGGACAGCCGGGGGACAGCCGGGACAUGGACGGCGCCUUCCUGGACCCUAUGAACGGCAGCGAGGGUGGCCUGGACAGGGCCGAUGGGUCCGGGUUGGAAUCCUCCGGCUCGGACACCUCCCUCUGCCGUCUGUAUCGCCACGUCUCCCACGACUUUCUGGAGAUCCGCUUCAAGAUCCAGCGCUUGCUGGAGCCCCGCCAGUAUAUGCUGCUCCUCCCUGACCAUAUCAUGGUGAAGAUCUUCAGCUACCUGCCCACGCAGUCGCUGGCCGCCUUAAAGUGCUCCUGCCACUACUUCAAGUACAUCAUCGAGACUUUCGGCGUCCAGGCCACGGACUCCAAGUGGAACCGGGACCCUUUGUACCGGGACGACCCUUGCAAGCAGUGCAAGAAGCACUACGAGAAGGGGGACGUCUCCCUCUGCCGCUGGCACCCCAAGCCCUAUCAUCACGACCUGCCUUACGGACGCUCCUACUGGAUGUGCUGCCGGCGGACGGACAAGGACACGCCGGGCUGCCGGGUGGGACUUCACGACAACAACUGGGUGCAGCCCUGCGACAUGUUGCGGGAAAGGGCGGCCCGGAGGGAGGACGGGAGGUGAGGGGUGGCGUUUGGGCAGCAGAGUUUGGGAAGGAGACGCUCCCUGUGUUGUCGAAGGCUUUCAUGGCCGGAAUCACUGGGUUGUUGUGAAUUUUCCGGGCUGUAUGGCCAUUUUCCAGAUGUUUUGCCUGCAUCUAUGGAGGCAUCCUCAGAGGCUGUGAGGUCUAUUGGAAACUAGACAAGGGAGGUUUAUAUAUCUGUGGAAGGUCUAGGGUGGGAGAAAGAACUUUCUGUUGGAGGCAGGUGUGAAUGUUGCAAUUAAUUGAAAAGCCGUGCAUCUUCAAGGCCUGGCUGAUUCCUGCCUGGGGGAAUCCUUUGUUGGGAGGUGUUGCCUGGCCCUGAUUGAUUCAUGUCUGGAAUUCCCUUGUUUUUUUUUUAGUGUUGUUCUUAUUUCCUGUCCUGAUUUUAGAGGUUUUUUUCAAUACUGGUAGCCAGAUUUUGUUCAUUUUUAUGAUUUCCUCCUUUCUGUUGAAAUUGUCCACAUGCUUGUGGAUUUCAGUGGCUUCUCUGUGGACAAUUGUCCAAGCAUAUGGACAACUUAAGCAGAAUGGAGAAAACCAUGAAAAUGAACAAAAUCUGGUUACCAGUAUUAAAAAAUUCUAAAAUCAGGACAGGAAAUAAAGAACAACACUCUGAAGAUAGGGGGAUUCCAGGCAAGAAACAAUCAGGGCCAGCUAACACCUCCCAACAAAGGAUUCCCUCAGGCAGGAAGCAGCCAGGCUUUGAAGCUGCAAGGAUAUUCAGUGCUGAUCUAGCUGGUUGAUUGCAACAUUCACACUUGCCUCCAGAAGACAAAGAGUUCUUUCUCCCACCCUGGACAUUCCACAGAUAUAUCAACCCCACUUGCCUGGAACUCACAACCUCUGAGGAUGCCUGCCAUAGAUGUGGGCGAAACGUCAGGAGAGAAUGCUUCUGGAACAUGGCCAUACAGCCUGGAAAGCUCACAGCAAUCCAGAGACAUUGCCCCUUUUUCACACAUUCUCUUCUCUUCUUUCUGCUCUCCCUUGUGUGCGUGAGAGGGUAUGGUGUGAGUGUAUUUUACAAAAUUUCUGUUGUGUUUUUUUUAAAAAAAGGGAGAGAAUUGCUUGGUUGUGUUUGCCGGUUUGGAUUUGGUUUCUCUCCAACGCCCCACUUCCCAAUUUCCCCUUCCUUGGCCAGAUUCUCAAAGGCAAAAAAAAAUACAUAUGGGAAAAAAGAAAAGUAUGUUUUUAAACUGUCUCGAUUGGCUCAACAUCAGGUGUAUGAUCAUUGAGCAAAAAAUAAGGAAUGGUUGGGUUUUUUGGCAACUAGACCCCACUUAGGCACUUUCUGUUGCCAGCUGCUUUUGGCUCCACUUUCUGGCUUCCCUUACUGAAUAUUAAAUUCAGAUAAUCUGAUGGCGAAACACA